UUUCGUGUACCAACACCUGUUCCUGUGCUUUCGACAGCAGUGGAGUUUUUCCCAUUCUCAUAUCAGUUGAAUCUGUUUUCAAAUGGUUACUAAACCUCUGCGAGGAAUGCUAAACCUGCUAUUUACAUUUCUCUGACUUUUCCCUUUUUAAACAGCAUCCAAGGCUUUGGCCAUACCCUUAGGAGUCCAGUUAUCUCUUUUUCCCCCCAGUAGCAGGUAUAGUUGAAUCCUGAAAGAACAAAUUUGCUAAGAUAAUUUUUUAACUUUUGUAUUGUAUCUAAUAAAGUCCAUCAUUAUUAUGGUGGGCCUUAUAAGGAACACCUGUAGUGCCGUAAGAAGCAGUAAAAUAUUGUUUUAACGAAUGAGAUAAACACUACUACCCUUUAAUUUAAUUUUAUUCAUAGCCCUAAUAUUAUGAUACAUUUGCAAUUGCUGUAUUUUUUUCUAGUGUUAAGACCCCCAAGAUUCAGACUCGUAGGCACGUGCCUAGUGGAUAAUCCGGCACUGGUUCCGAAUAUAAAUUAUCAUCUUAAUAUAAUGAAUUUUAAUUUAUAUAACAAAGGCAUCGAGAAAAGUAUCACGUAACAAUUACAACACUAAAUCGUUCAUCUGUUAAGAACAAUUGAAUUGAAAUUGUAAACGAAAACAUGGCUCCACCGCAUACAGCGUAUCAAGUGGAAAAUUUUGAUCCUCAUCCUAACGAAGAUUUAAUAUGUAGCAUAUGCGGAUGCGUUUUCUACGAUCCAGUAGAAUGCCAAUGUCUUCACGUUUAUUGUAGAAAUUGCAUUUGCGAUUGGUUGAGUUUUCAAAAUAACUGCCCAGUUUGCAGGAAAUCGGUUAGUUUAUUCGAACUUCAACCCGUAGGUCCGAUAAUAAAAAAUAUGAUAAUGAAAUUGACCAUUCGUUGCCCGAAUGCCGUACACGGUUGCAAGCAGAAUUUCGCUCUGGAGGAAUACGAUUCUCACUUGGUUAAUUGUGAUUAUGGAAUAAUAAAAUGCAAUAAAUGCCAAGAGGAAAUGCAAAUUAAAGAUAGAUUUAAACACGAACGAUUAGAAUGCAACUAUCGAUUAAUUCAAUGCGAAAAAUAUUGCUCUUUGAUCUUGCCAGCUAAUUCAAUGAAAUAUCACAAUUGCGCUAAAGAAUUGAAAAACGAAAUAAAAAAUAAGAAGAAAUUAGUUAACGAAUUGAAAAAUAAUUUAAAAUAUUGUAAGAAACAAUUACAAAAAGAAAAACAAUUUGGUAUAUCGAGUAAAGAAGAUGAAACAAGUGAAAUUGCUAACGAUUUUAAAGCUGGUAAAUCAUCUUCAGCUAAUUUUAUUAAUAAUAAAAUUAAGAAAUUUCUGAAUGAUUUUCCAUGGCGAGUGAAUCAAAAAGAACAGCCAAAAGGAACCAACAGUUAUUUUGAAAACGUUAAUAAUUCGCGGGAAGGCAAUGGUAUUGAAUCAGACUUAAUUAAUGCCAAUCCAUUGCAUCCUGUAUCCACAUUGCAUUAUUUUCGUAACCCAUCCGACUCAAGUGGAGCAAAAAUAGGUAGAGUGAGGACAUUAGACGAACCCAAUGAAUUUAUAAUACAGGUACGCGCAAAUAUUGGCACCGAACGUUCUUACGAUGAUAAUGUUAAUGAAAAUAAUGACGCAUCAAUAGUUAUUGGGAAUGAAAUUUUGAAUCAGAAUUUCUCAUCAUCCGAUGGAUCAAUUAUAAUGGACGAGAUGCAAGAACGGAAACGAUUUGUGUCAUAUAUUUCAUCUGAAAUGCAAAGAAUUAAAAGUGCUCCGAGAGUAAAAUUUACAAUACCAAAUGUGAGAAUGUUAAAACAAUACAAAUCUUCUAAUUCUAUUGAUAUAAAUCCAAUUAGAGAAGUAGAAACAAAGCGGAAUCCAUAUUUAAAUCAGGAUGAAGGCGAUAGAAUACCAAUGGAAUUACUCGAAAGAAAUCGAAAUCCUGGGAUGUCAUCGAAAGAUACUUUGAAAAUUAAUUGUAUAAGUGAAAAUGAAUGCAAUAGAAAUAUAUUAUUGGGCGAAACAAAGGAGAGAACAUUGUCUUUAGAUAAUAAUUCGCCCGUUCAGAUGGAAGAUCUCUAUAUUCCCCCAUUAGAAGAUAUAAAUUCUACAAGAGAUGUAGAUAAAUGUGAAACUCUGGAGGCACAGAGAGUUAAUUUUAAAGUUUUUAAUCGCAAAAUUCGAAAACUAUUGAUGAACUGUUUGGGAUCUAAUCAUUGCCACUAUAACGACGAUAGGGAUUUUCUAUUAUCCGAGAAUUUUGAUAAGCCGGAUGAUAAAUUAAAGAAAUAAAUUUUGGAAAAAGAAUUAUUAAUUAAAAUACAAAAUUAGUUAAAUAAAGGUUUAUAUAAUUAAA